AGUUUGCAGCGGGAGAGGUUUUCCUUCAAGCUGUUAGUGUUUUAUCCUGGCAGGCUCCUCGAGAUUGUUGUGAGGAGUCUAGCCAGUUGGUGAGCUUUGUAAUCUAAACCAGCUGUCCCAGGCUGAGGCCCCCAUUUGCAUUGUUUAACAUACUUAGAAAAUGAAGUGUUCAUUUUUAACAUUCCUCCUCCAAUUGGUUUAAUGCUGAAUUACAGAAGAGAACUAAGCAAAACCAGGUGCUUUCUCUGUAUUCUCUCCAGUGUCUGAGGACGUACAGACUGCUCCCGAUCUUCUCCAUUACUUGCUAUUUCAUUCUUUGGACUAUAAAUGACUGAGGAACUGAAGUGCUAGCAGAGGGUAAUGUUUGGAAACACUUUCUAGUUAUUCAUCAGCACAGGCUCUGGUUUUUUUUCCACCUUUCCCCAACGGUUUUGGACAUGCAAGGAUUAAAAAGGAUACUGACUGCUUUCACACUGGCCGUCUGCCUUUCGAACCCUGGAAGAGCACAGCAACAAUGCACUAAUGGGUUUGACCUGGACCGUGCCUCUGGGCAAUGCUUAGAUAUUGAUGAAUGUCGGACUAUUCCUGAGGCCUGUAGAGGAGAUAUGGUGUGUGUCAACCAGAAUGGUGGCUAUUUAUGUGUACCCCGAACAAACCCAGUGUAUCGAUCACCAUAUCUGAACCCUUACUCAAAUAUUUAUCCACCGCCCCCAGCACCAGGCCCAGUUCCUAACUACCCUACUGUUACAAGACCUCUGAUCUGUCGAUUUGGGUAUCAGUUGGAUGAAAACAACCAGUGUGCUGAUAUUGAUGAGUGUGCUUCAGAUUCUCACCAAUGUAACCCCACCCAGAUCUGCAUAAACACUGAAGGAGGAUAUACCUGUUCCUGCACUGAAGGCUACUGGCUGCUAGAAGGCCAGUGUUUAGACAUAGAUGAAUGUCGCUAUGGCUACUGCCAGCAGCUCUGUGCCAAUGUGCCCGGUUCCUACUCCUGCACGUGCAACCCAGGCUUUACCCUCAAUGAUGACGGAAGAUCAUGCCAAGAUGUGAACGAAUGCACAGGCGAAAACCCUUGCACUCAGUCCUGCGUCAAUACCUAUGGCUCUUUUCUCUGCCGUUGUGAACCUGGCUAUGAACUGGAAGCUGACGGAGUUAACUGCAGUGACAUGGAUGAAUGCAGCUUCUCAGAGUUCCUCUGCCAGCACGAAUGUGUGAACGGGCCUGGUUCUUACUACUGUAUCUGUCCUUCGGGCUAUAACCUGCUUGAUGAUAGCAGAAGCUGCCAAGAUAUCAAUGAAUGUGAAACUAGAAACUUCACCUGCACUCCACAGCAAACGUGUUUCAAUAUCCCAGGAGAAUAUAAAUGUUUAGACCCAGUAAGAUGCGAGGAUCCUUAUAUCCAGAUUAACGAGAACCGCUGCAUGUGUCCAGCUGAAAACCCUGGCUGCCGAGAUCAGCCAUUCACCAUCUUGUACAGAGUCAUGGAUAUUGUGUCUGGGCGGUCAGUGCCUUCUGACAUCUUUCAGAUGCAAGCAACAACUCGCUACCCUGGAGCCUAUUACAUCUUCCAAAUCAAAUCAGGGAACGAGGGCAGGGAAUUCUACAUGCGGCAAACGGGACCAAUCAGUGCUACCCUGGUGAUGACCCGUCCCGUGAAAGGGCCCCGUACUAUUCAGUUGGACUUGGAAAUGAUCACUGUUAACACCGUCAUCAACUUCAGGGGAAGCUCUGUCAUCCGGCUGAGGAUAUACGUAUCACAGUACUCAUUCUAACCCUUGAGUUGGUGCCCUGUAAACAUUAAAACAAAAGACACGGUUCCUCCUCUGCAGAACUCUCUCCUCAGAAGCCAGUACGUAUAGCAGCUCAAAACCAAGUCAGUAUUUCCACAGACCCAGCGACCUAUGCCUGUCUGAGGAGGGAGCCUCUUCAUGCACAGCCCCUACCAGGAUGCAGUCCUCUGGAGGUGUAUCGGCAGCAGAUCCCAUAUGAUUCUCUAUGCGGUCAUGUAUUUUAAGGACUCAUUUUUCCAUUGUAAACACUUCUAGGGUAUGAGUCUACGUUUCAAAGACUGUGAACCUUCGUAGCUCCAAGGCUGCUUAGCAAAAAGCACCAAAGAAACUGAGGAAAAAGCUGGCUUUUGCAAUCUUGCCUGUUUUGUUGUUUUGUUUUUUUUUUUUCAUUAUAAAUGGAAAGCAGACAAACAAGUAGAACCUUCCCCUCACCCCCCCAAAAAGUCACCUGUUGAAACAAAGGAUCUUAGAAGUGCUAAUUUACAUUCCCAGUUAUCUUUGAAAUUAUCAGUCCGGCACUUUGUCUUAAUUCACCCUGCAUUUGUCUUACUUUCACCUGUUUUUCUUUGAUUCUAUUUUAUACUUAAAAUUCAUUGUAAAUUCAAUCCAAAAUACAUGUUGUACUAUGUAAUCUUCUACUUUCUAACAAAGUGUCACAUCUUUGGGUUCCUUUCUGUAUUAAAUCUUUCUAUAUAACAGAGUUCAUAGAAAUCUAUCACUGGAUGGCAUGUUUUACAAUGUUUAGGGUGUUACGCUUUGUUACAGCCAGAUUCUUUGGCCCAGGCCUCCAAUGCCAGAAUAGUGUCCAGGGGCUUCAGAGCAGAUGAGAAUUAGAACUUUCACCUGGUUUUCAGUGGAAUAAUUGCAAACAGUUUGUAAUGGUUAUAAGGUAACAGUACUAACUUUGUAGUUAAGGGUGCAGCCGACCUGUUCAAAGAUCCCUUGGCUCAGACAUGUCCAAAUUCCUUCAGAGAAAAAAAAAUGUUCUGUUCACACAGAGUCUUUCUCCUACAUUCCUAACAUUGGGGAAAACAAGCUGGAAAAGACUUGGAAUGGUUGUAUUGUUCAUGCCUCUGCCACAAAGCAGGCCCAGCUAUACCAGUACCCAGACCUCGAGUGAUGGGAUCCCACAGUUUUCCAUAGGUAAUGGCUUCUCAGGUAUAACUGCUGUAACCAACAGAAAGUUUUUCCUAAAGUCUAAUCUGAAUCUCCCCUGUUGUAAUUUAAAUCUAUUCUUUUCAGCCUACUUCCAGUAGAAACAGAGAACAGUUUAUCUUCCCCAUGCAACAGUCUUUAACAUGUCUGAAGACUGUUGUCAUGUCUCCCCUCAGACUGUUCCUCUCUAGUCUAAACAAACCCAAUUCUUUUGGUCUUUCCUCAUACAUCACAUUUUCUGGACCUUUGAUCAUUCUUGUUGCUCUCAUCUGGAUUCUCUCCAGUUGGUUCACAUCUUUCUCAAAGUGCAGUGCCCAAAACUGUGAAAAGUAUUCCAGCUGAGGCCUCACAGUGCUAAGCUAAAUAUAUAUAUAUAUAGAUAUUUAGGAGUUUGAAAAUAAAAAUAAAAAUAAUUGUAUAGUUUGGAGGUAUAAUCCUCACCUUGUUGAAGCCAUUGGCAGGUCAGUGUUUUAUUUUGUGAGAACAAGGGUUCCUAUACUUUGUUAUUAAAUUUCUCUGAAGCAACGGCUUUUGCUUUUUUCCCCUACUUUUUCCUUAUUGGCUUAGUUGCUCUCCAGCAUUGCUAGGACAAGAAAGAUAACCUUUGCUUGGUCUUUUUGAGGACUGAAAGUUCUUAAUGCUACUUGGGAAAGGGAGUUAUGUAGAUUAUAAUGAGAAUAGGCUGGAGCAGAGUAGAAGCAUUAUGUGAGGUCUUCAUUAAAGUGGGAGUAUUAAAUGGGAGUAUACAGACUCAGAAAGUUAUCACAACACAGGCUGCAUGGCACGAUCAGAAAAAUGACUCUCUUGUUCCCAAAAAGCUUAAAAGUUAGCCUGGGGUUGUUUUUCGUCUAGCUGUAGAAGUGACUGCUCUUUUUACUGGUACUUAGCUUGAUGGAAGCCCUGAUGCAAUGGCCCACAACAACAAAAUGCUAAAUUGAGUGUGCUUUAGCAGCUUCCAUUCCUUAAUAAAGUUUCCUCCUUGCUGAUGCAACAUCCCAGGGUCCUGUGGCUCAGAGCUCUGUACACAGGCUGCCCUUUAUUAUAAAAACAAAACAGCUUGAGACUGACUUUAGUGGGCCAAGCGAGGAGCAGGAAACCAACAAGUUUUGUGAGAAGCCAACCUGGAGGAGAUAAAUGUAGAGGAAAUGUGCAGAGGAACAUCAGAAACAGCAAUGUGCUUCCUGAGUGUGUCCAGGCUCAUCAUACACCACUGUCUUGGAGGAGAAAAUAGAGAUAACCAAGAAGGAGGAAUGGCAGUUUAUAACCACGGGCUAAAGCUGUGCAUGGGUCCCAGGUGAAGGAACGGAGACAUGGGAAACAAGCAGGCUCUGGUGGCCCAGAAAGCAGAUGUGGGGCAGGCAGGAUCUUAAACUAGGGGCAUUAAACUCUCAAUGUGCUGAGGGUUUUCCCAGUGCUUAAAAGCCUUUCUUCUCCUGCUUUGUGCCCAUGUUAUCGCUUCUUUGUGUCUAGUGGAGGAGUCCUCUCUCCUGCCAUCACAUCGCCUCCUGGAGACGAAGUGCACUCCGUUAGAUAUCAGACAGUUCCUCACUUCUGGGCUGUUCUCCCAUGGCCCCCACAUACCAACCUGGUUUAACCCUAAUUCAGAAACAUUAAAAAAAAGAACACAGAGGAAUUCUAUAACAAAACACUUUGUUGAAAGAGUAAAGCUUGAAUGCCUGGUUUUAGCAGGGUCCAGCAAACACUCAUAAAACAAUAUUACACUUUCUAUGUAAACAUUCUGUGCUUUAAACAAAGAAGUGAAAAGUCUGGAAACAAAGGAAUUCAGCCACUUCUCAACUGCUAUAACAUCUUUCAUCACUCACUAUCACUCCAGCCAACUUUAACUUCGCCAAAAUAUAUGCCAAUCUCAGAAUAAUAAAUUACUAGCAGUUUAUAACUUCUAAACUCUCCAUUUCCUAUUCAAGGGUCUGUUUUCAAUAGACCAUCGCAGGCUCAUAUAUUACAGCAAUUC